CUCUCGUGCACCUUCAGACUCCCGACUCCUCCUCCAUCACUCCGCCUCCUCCUCGCCCCCCCUCCUCCAUAAAUCCGCGUCGGCGGUGGUCUGCCUCAACUAUCAAUCGCUGCGCCGGUGUCAGUGCAGCAGCAGUUUAUCGGGGCCAAGUUGGCAGCUGGAGGCGCGCACGGCGGAACUGGUCGCGUCUCUCGAACGGCGGAAUUAUGAGCAGAGCGCAGGCUGCCUCUGUCGCCCUGUCCUGAGCCCGUGUCCGUUCCACACCGCCAGAAAUUUGCACCCAACGCGAUGGAGACCGGAGUCCGCAUUUUCUUGCUUUUCCUCGUCCACCAGACUUUUGUGGUUGGCCGACAGGAAGGACACCGUGAGGGCUGUGUGCCCGGUUUCCAGGUCAAACAAUACCAGGUGGCAUACAGGACAACUUUCGAGAAAGGCCUGCCACUUCUACAAGUUGAAUUUGAUGAUUGUGCUGGUAAUGAAGAUGUGGCCUUUGAGGUGUCUGUCACCAGCUUCCGAGUCGACGGUGACCUGACCUUGGUGCCUCUGCGAGAUGUGACAUACAGCGGGCCGGUCAUAUUCAUCCACGGGAUUAGUGCUCAUGCAGAUGACAUGGCACAGGUGGACAUAACUGGACUACCGUCACCGCAAGCUCUCAAGAUCCUGGGUCUGCCACAUAGAUUGAAAAGAGCCCUGCUGGUUCCUCCAAUGAUUGUCACUGAGAACCAGAGAGCCCCAUUCCCAAGGAUUAUUGGCAGGUCUCAUGUGAUCUCAACAGAGAAGUCGUGGGACCAUAUUUUUCGACUGACAGGACCUGGUGCUGACCAGGACCCCAAAGGUCUCUUUACUAUUGACAUAGACACAGGAGACGUGUCAGUCACUCGCUCACUGGACCGAGAGGUCAUCGAUUCAUACCAGCUGGAAGUGUCAACCACAGACCUAAAUGGAAAUCUUGUUGAGGGACCAGUGAUACUCGUCAUCACUGUCAUCGAUCAGAAUGAUAACCGGCCCCUAUUCAAAGAGACGCGCUACACUGGAGAGGUGCUCGAAGGAUCGCCGACAGGAACCACAGUGAUGACAAUGACGGCGUUUGACGCAGACGAUCCCGCGACUGAUAACGCCGCUCUGCGCUACAACAUCAUCCGACAGUCACCAGACAAACCAUCCCCGAACAUGUUCUACAUCGACGCAGAGCGAGGUGACAUUGUCACUGUCAUCUCCCCUGCUUUACUCGACAGAGAGACAUUGCCAACCACAACGUAUGAGCUUCAGAUUGUGGCCAAGGACAUGGCAGGAAGUGAGGUGGGCCUGACAGGAACAGCCACAGCAACAAUUACUAUUACGGACAAGAACGACCAUGCCCCUGAGUUCACACAUCCACUGUUUGAAGCCUACGUAUACGAGGGCUCGGCAGGCGUUGUGGUUAACCUGACAAUAGAUGAUAGAGAUGACCCAGCUAAGGGGGCAUGGAGAGCUGUGUACUCCAUCAUCAACGGAGAUCCCACACGGAGCUUCGAGAUCCAGACCAACCCGGACAAUAAUGAGGGAAUGCUUUCGGUUGUCAAGCCUCUGGAUUACGAAGGCACGGCGUUUCACAGGAUAUUCAUCAAAGUCGAGAAUGAGGACCCCCUGGUUCCCGAUGUUGGUUAUGGCCCCAGCUCCACAGCGACCGUUCAAGUCAAAGUUUUAGAUAUCAAUGAAGGACCGGUCUUCUUCCCUGACCCACUGGUUGUCACAAGGAUGGAAAACAUUCCAGUGGAAAGCUUUGUAGGCUCUCUAAAUGCCACAGACCCGGAUAGAUUACAGCUACAGAGUGUCAGGUAUGCCAUUUUGCGAGAUCCAGCAGGCUGGCUGACUGUGAACCAACUGCGAGGAACUGUCAACACUUUGGCCUCUCUGGAUCGUGAAUCUCCUUUUGUUCAUGACAAUAAAUACACCGCCGUGUUCAUCGCCAUUGACAACGGCAGUCCUCCAGCGACAGGUACCGGCACAUUGGUCAUUCACCUGGAAGAUUACAAUGAUAAUGCACCCUUCGUGGUACCGUCAGUAGCACGGGUGUGUGAAGAUGCACAUGAUAUGAAUGUGGCCAUAGUCGGUGGAAGGGACAAGGAUCUACCACCCAACGGGGCGCCCUUCAAGAUAGAGCUGGGAAAACAACUGGGACUAGAUAAAACCUGGAAAGUUACCAGUGUCAACUCGACACACUCCCAAAUCAUGUUGCUGCACAGUCUGAAGACAGCCAACUACCAGCUACCAUUGCUCAUCACUGAUUCAGGGGUGCCUCCUUUGUCCAACAACUCAGAGGUCAAAGUUCAAGUCUGCGUCUGCAAGAAGAAAAAGAUGCUCUGCAGCUCUGCCCACUCACACCACGCCAGCCUUCUCAUCAUGCUCGCAACACUGAUGCUUGCCCUACCUUGCUCCACGUCUAACGCAGAGCGGCUCGGUACACGAGCCCAGCAGGCACCAGGAGAGAUGACUUCUGCCAGAGCUCAUCUCAGACAGCAGCGCCGGGCCACAAAUGCCUGUAGCUUCUGCAAAUUGGCCCUGAAACACCGGAAAGAAACAACUUAUCUCCCGCACACAACGCUGGCUUAGCAGAGAGGACGGAAAAGAAGGAGAAGUCUUCACACCGUGAAAAAUGAUACAUGACAAUGGACACAAUCCCCACAAGCUCAAUUGCUCUGUAAAAAAUCACUUUUCUCUGCUUUCCUUGGUACAGCACUCCUUCCCACAUGAUAUCGCAUCAUCUUUAGUCUGUCUGACUGCCUUUGGCAUUCUGCCCUCGGUCCACACUUACAGUACCCAAAACACCAUGGAUUUUUUAAUCCUUGGGUUUUUUUUUUUUACACUUUCCACCAUCUAACUUUUUUUUGCAGUGUCCAAAACAGUGGGUGUGUGCCAGCCCGUAAAAUGGAUCUCAAUCCAACAUAUCAUGAUUACUUUUGAUGAAGACCAUGAACAAAAAUUGGAAGAUUUUAACCAUUUUGUCACCAUUUUAAGUUUGGAUACAAUGUAUUAUGUCAUAGCAUGGUCCAGCAUCAAGAGAACUGUUUUGAUUUGAUAUUAUUUGAUUGCACUUUGCGUCAUAUAAUCCAUAUUCUACUGAACAAAUGUUCCAUUGAGUGCUUUAAGUCAAUAGAUUUCAUUGUUUUAAUACCCACGACUGGUUAGCACACGCAUGGCAAACAUCUGUCGUACCUACUUGAGAUUAUACAUGCCAUAACUUUACAUACACUUGAACCAUCUAUACUCAUGAGAAACAAAAGUAUUGCUAAUUCCACCAUUACAAAGAUAACAUAACAAUGUUCAAUGAUGUUUAAUUCUCUAAAAUGGCAUUGCAUCAUACUGAGCGGUAUUUCUUAUUCAGCAGCAGGAAAAAAAAGGGAACUUCCGAGUACCAUCAUUAUAUUAAAUUAAUGGUGGGCUUACUCAAAACUGUAAAUGAUCUUUGCAAAAGCAUAUCCUGUAUUCAGUCCACUCUCGGAGUUCAUCGCAUUCCGCUGUGCAGGUUUAUCAAACAAAGUGUCUCCUGAGUGUGUAUUUGGAACCAAAUGCUGGAGGACAGCAGAGUUGCUAAGCCUUUGCAUGUUCUCCCUGUGCUCGUGUGGGUUCUCUCAGCGUAUUCCAGCGUUCUCCCACAGGCCAACAACAAAUAUGCUAGGUUCAUUGAAGCCUAAAUUGAAUGUGAGCGUAACUGGUAGUGUGUCCCGACGUGUCAGCUUUGUGAUUGGCAGGCAAGCAGUCCAAGGUGUACUGUACACCGCCUCUCAUCCUGAGUCGGCUUUUCUGUGACAUUGAACGGGAUAAUUGUUCUCGUAAAUGGAUUCAUUGAUGGAUGGAUGGAUGGAUGGAUGGACAAACACUACAGUUAUCAUUUGAAACUGAUUUUCACUCUUCAGUCCUUUCCAGACUUCUCCUGCUAUCCUGAGUAUUUUUCCUCCACCUUCUACUGUAUGUCAGAGCACUCGCUCCCCCAUAUAACCGGCCUCCCUCUUCCCAUGCCAAGAAACACGGCAAUGGGUGAGACAUUGUCCUGGUGGGCGUAGAGUAUUGGCGUUUUGAUGUGUUCUUUUCUAUUCUCAACAGAAUGUGUUUGAUCUAGUUUCCCUGUUUCAAGGAGAGAAUCUGCCUGUUUCUUUGUCUCCAGUGCUUGUGGUCUCUUUGGACAUGGUGGUAGCCAAUAAGCCUUUAAAGUGGGAAACUCUGGAGUCGUUUCUUCGAUUUACAUGUUUUAAUGCAUUAGUUGUCAUGGAGUGGAAAUAAGUAUAUCUUUAUAGUAAUGGUGUAAACCUUAAAAUAAGUACUGUCAUAUAAAUAUUUUAUUUUUUACCAUUGUAUAAAUCUGCAGUCUUGAUUAACUUAUGUACUUUCAUUGGUUCCCCACACAGACGGUAAUUAGAAAAGGAAUGUUUUUGUUUGUUUGUUUGUUUCCAGUGAACUUGAGCACGAUUUCUAAUGCCAUCGGUGUUGGUGUUGCCUUUUUCAUUGUAACAUCUUUGCUGGUGUUUUUAUUUUUUUAUUGUGAUUAAUUGCAAAAAGGAGUCUUUGAGUUUUCAAUGCUCAUGUGUUUCAAAUUUGGAUCGCCUGAUCUCUCUUCGUCUGUUUAAGUCCUAAGAAUGAUGUAAAAGAAGAAAACAACGAAUGUGUUUGUGGUGCGUAGUUCAUCUUUACUCUCCUGCCUGCACUCAUCAAAUGAGGGGAAGGAGUGCGGGCUCGAUUGGAUCCUCAAAGAAAAAGAAGACAUUUUGAAUGAACAAUGUCUGUCUUUUUGCACUAAUUUAAUAAACCCGUUACUGAAAGAUGCAA